AUGUCGCGAGAGCUUUCCUGGAACUUCCGCUUCUGGAAACGAGAGCUUGCUUCCCUCUUUUGCGGAACGCUAUGCUUCAUAGCUCUAGCUGCACUUCUAUAUGCGUUUGAUGGGAAGACUAUUUUUCGUUGGCAUGGCAUCACACUUAACGCCUUAGUCUCUAUUCUUUCAACCGCCGCUAAAGUGCUUGUUCUGUAUUCCAUUGCUGAAUCCACUAGCCAAUGGAAAUGGCUCCAUUUCUCAGAACAGAAGCAUUUUCUGAUAGAUUUCGAUAAGAUUGAUGCUGCUAGCCGGGGGCCAUUAGGUAGUUUCAAACUGUUAUGGAGGAAGAAUCGGGAGCUCAUAGUACGCAUCGGUGCUGUCACGACGGUUCUUGCGUUGGCUGUUGAUCCUUUUACACAACAACUUGUCCAGUAUCAACAACGUCAAGUUCCUCAAAAACAUGGAAUUGCCGACGUUCCGAGAGCAGAUCGUUAUUCUAGGGGUCGAUUGUUCAAUAUGCAACUCACGGUGGUGUCAAGUGAUCCGCCCCUAGCACAGGCCUUCGCUGACGCGGACUUCAUCAUGCAAUCAGCUGUCCUAUACGGUCUUACGCAGCCUCUUGAAAUGAUCACUCAACAACUUCCUCACACAUGCACUUCUGGAAAUUGUACGUGGGAUGCAUUUGAGUCCCUUUCGGUUUGUAAUGUUUGCAACGAUCUAAGCGACAAAGUAGUGGAAUAUCGAGAUGACAAUUUUCUCUACGCAGCCUUGCAAACCGACAAUGAUAUUGCAAUCCGAAAAAUGGGCACUGCAUCCAGACUUCCCAACGGCUUAUUUAUUGAUGGUUUUGAUGGGUGGAACUAUACCACCAAUUCUACAUCUUUGGAUAUUCCAGGUGGUAUAUUUAUGACGACUUAUGGAACUGGAAAUGGUAGUGAGACGGUAUCACUACAAGAUAUUGAUACGUUGAUAUGGGCGAUGACAUUUCUCAAAGUACACCCCCCUCAAGAUGGAUCAAAUCAGACGUGGCCAGACUUAGAAAUCGAAGCACGAGAAUGCGGCCUAUACUAUUGUGUCAAUCGGUAUGAUUCUACAAUUUUCAGCGGUACUCUUUCCGAAGAGAUUUCCGAGGUUACAAGUGCAAAGCGAGAUCCGGAUUCGUGGCAGAUUACAAGCUCGAAGUGGGCCGCUGUUCUUAACUCGUCGACCGUGUCAAGUCUUAAUUUCGAUAGCAAAUUAUCCGCGGCGCCUCGAUCCGACCUAUCCCUAGGUGGAAAGUAUAACGUCUCACAGGCGGCUGUCAAUAGCGUUAGUAGCUACUUCAGUGACCUUUUUUCGACCAACCUAAACAUCACGCACAAUGUCACUGAGACACAACAGGCAAGAUUGAAUGGUUACAUCAUGACCGAUGGUAAUCUCCAGUAUAAGCCCAGCUCGAUGCAAGCUUUUAAGACGAGCAAUGAUCUCCCAGCUACAUUCGCGUCUCUUGCGAAAAGCAUGAGCAACUCCAUCCGUGCUAAUGACGAUGGCGCAAAAGUACAAGCAGGCACAGUCUAUGAGACGAUGACCUUUUAUAAAAUUGAAUGGGAAUGGAUAUCAUUGCACUGUUUCUUCAUCAUUGCCGCUACUGUUUUCAUCGUCCUUACAAUCUAUCAGACGAGGCUGCGUGGAACUCCUGCUUGGAAGUCAAGCUCACUUGCCGUUCUUUCUAGAGGGCUUAUGGUAGGCCACACGUUUAGAGGCGCGGAGACGAUGAGUGAUUUAACUGCGAGAGCAAGAAGUGAAAAGGCUUGUUUGUAUGGGAAUUAUAGUGAAAUACAAGAAUCUCGUGAGGAUGUCGAGCUAGAGGAAAUUGUUAUGGGACCGUCGGAUGUUCAGAAGAUAUUUAAAGGGGCACGUUUGAUAAGAUAA